AUGUCGUUUUAUCCUCCUUCUUGGGUCCCUAACCUGCCUGGUACUGCUAGCGCCCCGCUUUUCAAGGAGGAUGUAGCAGACUUUAUUAAUACUGAAAAUGCAGGAAGAAGGAGCUUUGAUAGGUCGAAGAGGCCGUAUACGUGCGGAGUAACGGGAAAGUCUCGUACGGCUGCUGAGGUUGCACAGCGCGUUGACUUCCUUGCACGCGGGUUAGCGAAAACUGUCGGGUUUGAUCCGAAUGAUGGAACGGCUUGGGAUAGAGUCGUAGCCAUUUACGCUCUCAAUACGAUUGACUACAUCCCCGUUACACAUGCCAUCCACCGCGUAGACGGCAUCGUCACGCCUGCUAGUUCAGCGCACUCUGCUUCUGAACUUGAGCAUCAACUUCGAUCAUCUGGUGCCAAAGCAUUAUUUACAUGCGCUCCUCUUCUCAGCACUGCUCUCAAAGCAGCUUCUGCCGUUGGAAUUCCAGAGAAGCAUAUUUUUCUGCUCCCUUUACCUGAUGCUCCAUCUGAGAAAUCCUUCAAAACGAUUGAAGAUCUCGUCUCAGAGGGUCAAAAUCUCCCGCCGUUAAGUUUACAAGCUUGGACACGAGGACAGGGAAAACGACAGGUUGCGUAUUUGUGCUACUCAAGCGGUACAUCAGGUCUUCCCAAAGCCGUUAUGAUCUCUCACUACAACGUCAUAGCAUGCACCCUCAUGAUCCAUACCUUCGAGUCCAUAACCCGCGCCCAAGACAACAUCGACACCCAAGUAGCCCUUGGUCUCUUACCCUUCAGCCAUAUCUACGGCCUCGUUGUAAUCGCCCAUAUCGCACAGUACCGCGGCGAUGAGAUAAUCGUCCUGCAGCGCUUUCAACUCGAUCAAUUGCUCGGCGCUAUUGAGAAAUUCCGCAUUGAGCAACUUAGUGUUGUACCGCCGAUCAUUGUGCAGAUCUUGAGUAAUCAGGAUAAAUGCCAGAAAUACGAUCUCAACUCUGUGAGAUUAGUAUUCUCAGGUGCUGCGCCAUUAGGAGGCGAGACGAUUCAGAAACUACUAGAGUUGUAUCCCAAAUGGAGAAUCAGUCAAGGCUACGGUUUAACGGAGGCUUCACCGUCGGUGUUUCACACAAGCGAAGCAGAUCCCCUCCUCGGCUCAUCAGGAUCUCUCCUCCCCGGGGCAAAAGUCAAGAUCAUCGACCAGCACGGCUCUGAAGUCACAGCCUACGAAACACCAGGCGAAUUAUACGUUCAAGCACCGAAUGUCGUGCUAGGAUAUCUUCAUAACGAGAAAGCUAAUGCGGAGACGUUUGUAUGGCGGGAAGAUGGGCGUUGGUUAAGAACAGGCGAUGAAGUCCUCGUGCGAAAAUCACCACGUGGAAAUGAUCAUUUCUUUAUCGUUGAUCGGAUCAAAGAACUUAUAAAAGUCAAGGGCCAUCAAGUUGCACCCGCGGAACUGGAAGCGCAUCUUCUUGAUCAUCCAUACGUAGACGACUGCGCAGUUAUAGGUAUUGUCGACGAGCGCGCGGGCGAAGUACCAUUAGCUUUUAUCGUUAAGAGUAAAAAGACGAAUGGUUUGAAGGAAGAUGGUGUUGUAAGGGCUGUUUGUGAGCAUGUUGAGAGCCAUAAGGCGAGGCAUAAAUGGUUGAAGGGCGGUGUUAGGGUGUUGGAUGUUAUUCCCAAGAGUCCGAGUGGGAAGAUUCUGAGGAGGGUUUUGAAGGCGCAGAUCAAGGCGGAGAAAGCUGUUGCGAAGCUUUGA